UGCUACAAUGCCUAGCUCUCGUACCACAUGGUUCCCUUGCGUGGAUUUGGUAUGUUGUGAAGGCUGUAGUCACAUCUAGCGAACCUACAGCCAAAUUAAACUACACAGUUAUAAAAAUGUCGCAAUUACAAGCAAGGUUUUUCACAGAAGACAAACGGUAUCUUGUAGAUGAUGUUCCGUUCUCCAUACCCGCUGGAUCUGAAACUCAAGACCUCAGCAAUGUCAUCAAUAAGUUACUUGAGGCAAAACAUGCAUCUCACAAGAAGGUGGAUUUUGACUUCUUGGUUAAAGGACAGUUUUUACGAACACCACUCUCCACCCAUAUGGAAACAGAGGGUAUAUCGACAGAAGAUGUAGUUGAGAUUGAGUAUGUGGAGAAAAUCACAGCCCCUGAGCCUGAGGAGUGUAUGAUGCAUGACGAUUGGAUCAGUUCUGUACAAGCAGAUUCAGAAUGGAUUCUCACUGGGUCAUACGAUAAAACUGCCCGAAUCUGGUCUGUGGAGGGCAAACCUGUACUAACAGUCGCUGGGCACACAGACGUUGUCAAAGAUGUAGCCUGGGUCAAAAGAGAAAAUCUGACUUCUUUGCUCCUGACUGCCUCUUUGGACCACAAUGUCAUUUUGUGGGAGUGGAACUCAGAAAAGAACAAAGUCACUGCCAGACACUGUUGUCGGGGGCACACAGCGAGUGUCGAUACAGUUGCUACAGACCCCACUGGUACAAAGUUCUGCAGUGGUUCAUGGGACAAAAUGUUAAAGAUCUGGUCGGCAGUACCAACAGAUGAGGCGGAUGAGGUUGAAGAGCCAGCUGAUAGACCAAGAAAGAAACAAAAGACACAACAGCUGGGUUUAACCAGAACACCAAUCAUGACGUUAUCUGGACACAGUGAAGCAGUUUCAUCUGCCCUAUGGACUGAUACUGACGAAGUGUGCACUGCAUCUUGGGACCAUACAAUUCGUGUUUGGGAUGUGGAAUCAGGAAUUAUGAAGACAACACUGACUGGUAGUAAAGUUUUUAACAGUAUUUCCUACUCGCCUUUGUGUCGACGGUUGGCUUCAGGCAGCACUGAUCGUCACAUAAGACUCUGGGACCCUCGAACUAAAGACGGAGCCCUGGUACUGCUCAAUCUGACUUCGCACACUGGUUGGGUCACUGCUGUAAAGUGGGCACCUUCAAACGAGCACCAGCUGGUCUCCAGUUCCCUUGACAACAUGGUCAAACUGUGGGACACUAGAAGUUGUAAAGCUCCUUUGUACGACCUGGCAGCGCACGAGGACAAAGUCUUUUGCGUUGAUUGGACAGAAAGCGGGCUUAUGCUAAGUGGAGGUGCAGAUAACAAGUUGUACUCCUACAGAUACUCUCCAUGUCAGACUGAUGCAGGGGCGUAGAAGAGCUGCAAUUACAUCUAAUCACAUUCAUUAUUGUUAAUAUAUAAUGUGUCAUAAUGUGACAGACACAGACCCUUCCAAUUAUAGAAAUGUGAGUGGUUUAUGUGAUCCACAAAACUAAAAUAAAUGUAUUUCCUGGAA